UAAUUGAGAGGAAUGCUUUUUCAUCUCCAGUCAUAUGAUUGGUACAACUGCUAUCAACAUACCAUUCAUUGCUUUUUGCUGAAGCAUUAGAUUGAGAAGCGUAGAAAAGGUUUUCUUCCUCUUUUCCUUCACAGAAAUUUACUUACUCCUGUUGCUUGUGCCUGCAGUCCUUCUCAAUAUGGCCAAACUUUUUACAAAAGUUACAUUGGGGCUUGCCUUUGUGCCAACAUUUUUCUGCAUUAUGAUUAGUCUUUUUGCAAAUUUUACAAAAAAGACUAGUACUUUUCUCACCUUUUUCUUCAACCUUCUUAGUAGAGCUAUCACGAUCCUGCUUCUUUUUUGGAUUGUACUUCUUUUUUUGUUGAUUCUUUGAGAAAUUUUGAGAAUUAUCAUUGGUUCUGGACUGGAAAGCCGUCUCUGUGGUUGAUUCUCACGAAAAAAUCUUCGCUUCUCGUGUGCACGGAACGAUCCAACUAGCUCUUUGAUGGAAAGCUUAGAAAGAUCUUUCGUCUCCUCAGUGAUAGCAACAAUAUACUCAUACUUUUCUGUGACACUAAUUAGAAUCUUUUCCACAACUUGUUGGUCAGAAAUUUCAUCACCAUGAUUUCUCAUUUCAUUAACAAUAUUCAUGACUCUUGUACAAUAUUCAUCGAUUUUUUCAGAUUCUAUCAUCUUCAAAUUUUGAAACUCACUUCUAAGAGUUUGAAGAUUGAUAGUGUGUACCUUUUCGUCACCAUACACCUCAGCUUCCAGAGACUCCCAAGCUUGCUUUGCAGUCUCACAAGUAGCAAUUUUUGCAAAAAAAUGCUCUUGAGACUCCCAUUUGAAUUUGGCUCAAAGCCUUUGCAUCUUGACGACGCUUAGCCUCAAGAUUUUUCAUCUCUGCUACUGAAAGUUCACCAUCGUCUUCUGGCUCUUCAUAGCCAUUUGCAACAAUAGUCCACAAACCUUCAGCUUUUAGAUAAGUUCUCAUUCUUAUCUUCCAGUAUUCAAAGUCAUUUUCAUAAAAAAAAUGGAGUAAGAACAACUGAAGAAUCAGCACCAUCAUUUGUUUUAGAUGCCAUAAAUUUUUUUUCUUCACCUAACCCCAAAUUAAGAACAAAAACUGCUCUUGAUACCAAUUUGUAGGAAAGAAUAGGAAGAGAAUGUUUUUCUUAGAGAAUGCUCAAGUUGUAUUAGGCUACUUAAGGCCACUUGAGAUGAUUACAAUCAUCAAUUACAUCUCUAAUUAUACUACUUAAAAAAACAAUUCAAAAGUCUUGCACAAAUAACUAGAUACAUGUAUCACAAUUCACUAGAUACAUGUAUCACAAACUUUUAGAAGAUUUCUUGAAAAUCUAAGAGAUAAUAUUGAAAGACAAAAUGAUAUUCUUGAAACAAUAAAGAACUCCUAGAAAACAUAAAAGCCAAGGAUAGUAUCCUUGUGAAUGCAUUAAUAAUUCCAACACAGACUAGCUAAGAGACAAUUCUGUCUUAUUUAGCAUAUAUUAUGUUUCUAUAUAUUGAUUAUAUAUACAUACCUUGUAAACAUUUCUGACGAAGCGGUAUCCUGUGACACGGCUUAAGCCAAGGGGUACCCGCCCCUCGCUCUAAAGCAAGGUGGGAUAAUCAAUAGGAGACAAACAUCAUGGCCACUGUGUAAAAUGUAGAGUUGCUGGGAAUAAACAACUACAGUAGGUAGUUAGUUUAAUUUGCAAGUUGAUCUUUGAAAAAUGUUAGAUCUGAGUUGAUAUAAAAAAAUGUAGGAAGGUAGUUAGGUUUGCAUGGAAGUUGCGUUUUUGAAAAUUAAAAAAGAAUCAAUAGUUUUGACUCUCUUUAAAACUACUGUGUUUUUUGUUGAUAAGGAGAUUUAAAACAACAUUGAGAGUCGAGAAGGAAAACAUCAUGGCUAGUUUUCAUAUUCCAACAAUUGAUGUUUCUCCAUUUUUCAGAUCAGAGGAAAACGAAGAAGGCAAAAAGAAGGCUAUGGAGCAAAUAGGAGAAGCCUGUGUUAACUAUGGCUUCUUCCAAAUUGCGAAUCAUGAAAUUCCUUUGGACGUGUUGAGCAGAACCAUGAAUAUGUUCAAGACCUUCUUUGCUUGUUCAGAUGAAGAUAAACUCUUUGCGCCUGCUGCUUACUUGAAAAGUACACAGCAUUCAGCUGGGAUUUAUGAGCACUUCGUGUUUGAUAUUGCAUGCUCUAGCUUCCAUAUCUGCCCCAAAAAUCCACCUCAUUUCAAACAAGUUUUGGAGGAGAUGUUUUCCCACUUCACCAAAUUAGGAGGUGUGUUGGAGGGCAUCAUAAGUGAGUGUUUGGGUCUCCCUCAUAAAUUCCUUCCAAACUACAACAAUGAUCGUUCUCAGGAUUCCCUGAUGGGCCUCCACUACUUUCCAGCAACAAAAGCUGAGAACUUAGGAAAACCUGCACACCAACAUCCUGGCUGCUUCACCAUUGUCUACCAGGAUGAAGUUGGAGGCCUUCAAGUGCACAAAGAUGGCCAGUGGAUCCCUAUAGCGCCUUCCAAAGACAAACUAGUUGUUAACAUUGGCGAUGUUAUUCAGGUGCUAAGCAACAAUAAAUUCAAGAGUGCAACUCACAGGGUGGUGAGACCAAGAGAAAUAAACCGUUACUCGUACGCAUACUUCUAUAACGUGCAAGGGGAUAAGUGGGUUGAGCCAUUGCCGCAGUUCACAAAGGAAAUUGGAGAGUCGCCCAAGUACAGAGGAUUUGUCUUCGAAGAAUAUGCACAGUUGAGACACAGAAACAGGACUCAUCCACCAGCUAGACCUGAAGAUCUCAUCCAUAUAACCCACUACUCAAUUUCUAAUUAGAGGAGAAUUGAAGUCUAUCUGACCAAGGAUUUUUUUCUCUAUGUGGAAAGAAACAUAGAAAUAAUAUGUAUCACAUCACUUCUAACAUGUACGUUAAAGCGUGUGACUGGUUUAUACUGUCAGAGAAUACACAAUUUUUUUUCUUAAUUAUGUCUUCAAUACAUCGCUCAUUGUACAAGCUUGAUUCUUUGAAGAGGAAUCCUCAAUUUAUA